CCCACAAGUUUUCUGUUCGAAGAAUAGUUUCUGUUUCAUCCACUCUUUUGCUCUGGGAUUUCUCCCUAUAUACAUACAGAUAUACAUACAAAAAACUGUGAAUGUAUUUCUCAUAUUGAUCUUGCCUAUUGAUUUUUCGUUUUUCUUUUUUUCUUUCCCUCUCGGAUUUUUCUCCUUCGGAGCUUUGACGGAAAUGGAGAUGAUUUCAAUGGAGGAUUCAAGCUAUGUUAUGAUUUACUUCUAUGCAUUAGGUGGCGGAAUCGUCGCAGGAAAUCGAAUAGCUCGAAGAUUUGUGAAGACUUUUAUAAUACCUAUAAGGCCGCGAUGUUGUAAGUUUAGGGUUUUCUGAACGUUCUGUUAGGGAUUUAUUAAUUUCCUGUCUUUACUUGUUUUGGUUGCACUUGUGGGGAAUCGAGCUUGUAGUUCGAAUUCAGCGAGGAAUUUGGGGAUUUUGUCUUCGUUAGUUGAAUCUGAAUUUUGGAAAUUUAGUGUGAAAUUCCCUAUUCUCUUAUUGAAUUCCUGAAAAAUGCUAAAACAUGGGCGAUUAGUUUUAAAUGAAGUUAGAAAUGUGAAUUUGGGCAUAUUUAUGGAGUUUGAGAUGUCUACGGUUUCAUAUGGUUUUAAUCAAAUUUGCAAUUCCAUGUAAUAAAAUUGGCAUUUCGUUGUUUAUGCUGUAAAUCUUGCUCACGCUUUGAGUAAGGUACGACUAUUCUGUGGAAAUUGGACCUCCUAGGUUUUCAUUUAGUUGUCAUAAGGUUCAGACUUAGGGAAUUUGUUAUAGAUUUGAAUGGCGGGGAGGAGGGAAUUAGGGUUUCCAAAGAUGAAUGCUGUCAGUUUGAAAGAACAGUUGGUGAGGACAACUCUGCGGAAUGUGAGAUCACAGGGGCACAUGUAUGUUGAGCUCAGGGAAGAUGGAAAGAAGUUGUUAUUCUUCUGCACAUUGUGUCUUGCACCGUGCUAUAGUGAUGCAAUAUUAUUUGAUCACUUGAAAGGUAGUCUACACUCUGAAAGGCUUGCUGCUGCAAAAUCUACAUUGUUAAAACCAAAUCCAUGGCCAUUUAAUGAUGGUGUGUUUUUCUUCCAUGAUGAUUCAUCAGAACAAGAUAAGAGUUUACUUGUUUCAACUUCCGAGAGAUUUAAGCUGUUAGACACCCAUCAUGUAGAUGAAGAUAGCCUUCCUAUUGUUAGUUUUGAUGAGAACUUGGGACGUAAUGAUGUUUCACACGUUGGUGAGGAUGAUAUGGGUUGUGAUGACAGCUCCCAUGAUCAGAAUCUGAAUGGAAAUGGUUCUGAUCUGGUUAUUCCAGGCGUUCUCCAGAAAGAAGAGGUAUGUGAUUUGGUUGUGAGGCAGAUGGGUGUUGGAAGAAUUGCUGCUAGGAUUAGUGAGAAGGAUGGGGUUUCUAAUGAAAUUUGUAAAAUAUGGUGUGAAUGGCUGGUGAAUAAGGAUUCUGCCAAUGAGGAUACUGACUUGGUUUUGGAGCACGACUUCGCUGUUGUUGCCUUUGCUUAUAAUUACAAUUUAGGUCGAAAGGCUUUACUUGGUGACAUUAGAUAUUUGCUUCCCUCUAGUCAUCAUUCAGAAGCUGCGGACAGUGGCAGUUCUAGAAGCAAGAAGCGGAAGUCAUUUUCUGAUCCAGAGGACGUCAGUGAGGGUCUAAGUAACCAAAAUGACUCUUCUGGAGAAGAGUCUCAAUCUUCAAAUAAUCCAAACUCAAAAUUUCUGUUAGCUGGGAAUGAUGAUCAGCUGGUGCAAUCAAGAAUCAUCGUAAGCAAAACCAUGAGGAAAGAGUUGAGAAGACAGCAUAAUGUUGCUUCUGAGAGGUUGUGCGAUAUCUGCCAACAGAAAAUGCUCCCGGGUAAAGAUGUUGCUGCACUCUUGAACAGGAAAACUGGUAGACUUGUUUGCAGCAGUAGAAAUUUGACUGGGGCUUUUCACGUAUUCCAUAUAUCGUGCCUCAUUCACUGGAUACUUCUAUGUGAAACUGAAAUUUAUGCAAAUCGGUCAGUAGCACCUCAAGCGAAAAGAAAAUCCAGGAGAAAGGUUAGAGGGAAGGAUGGUGAAACAGAGAAGAAAGAUGAGAUAAAAGCCUCAAGCAAGCAAAUCUACUCCGUGUUUUGCCCAGAAUGCCAGGGCACCGGUAUAAACAUCAAUGGUGAGGAACGGGAGAAACCAACUAUACCACUUUCUGAGAUGUUUAAGUAUAAGAUCAAACUAAGUGACGCCCAUAAAGCAUGGAUGAAACAUCCUGAGGCAUUGCAGAACUGCUCAAUGGGCUUUCAUUUUCCCCGUCAGUCUGAGGAUAUAUGUCAGGAGAAUGUAGUUUCACUCAAAUUGCUGCGUUUCUAUCGUGUCAAUGAAUAAAUUUGAGCUCCCGGACGCUGAGAUGGAAGACUUCCGUUAAAGAAUCAACAACGUUGACAUGUAGAACUCGUAACUAAUGGCUGUAUUGUGGUGUAAAUGCCGUGGUUCUGAAAACAGUGGGCUACUUAGUUGAGUUGUAUAUGCUUAGAAGACAGUUGACCUUCGUCAAUGAAUUCUGUGUAUAUAUCCUGCUAUCUGACUGGUGCAUAUGCUAGUAUUUUGUACAAAUAAAAUCGACUUGACGUUGAUCAGUUGCUGCUUUAUAUUGAAUAGCUUAUUGCAGAUACAAGUUCAUUUA